AUGAUCUAUCUAUCUAUCUAUCUAUCUAUCUAUCUAUCUAUCUAUCUAUCUAUCUAUCUAUCUAUCUAUCUAUCUAUGUCCAUAUUUAUCUAUACAGUACUUUUAGUUCUAUCUAUCUAUCUAUCUAUCUAUCUAUCUAUCUAUCUAUCUAUCUUAUGCAUUGUUAAACACACUGUUAUCUGGUGUUCGGCACAUUUCAUUCUCUCCGGAGAAUAUGACGAGACAGAAGUUCGGACAUUAUCAGACGACAAGAGGAAAAUUCUUCAAAGAGGCUCCGAAGAUGGAUUUUUAAUGGCUGUACCAAGACCUCUUGGAGCCUUGAGCUACGCUCGUAUUUGGCACGACAAUUCCGGCAAAGGCAAAUUCGGUUCGUGGUAUUUGAAGCACUUUUUAGUGCGAGACGUUCAAACCGGACAGAAAUUCCACUUUGUAGUGAACAGGUGGUUUGCCGUGGAAGAAGAUGAUGGCAGCGCCUUUACCCGUGUACAGAGAGUUUCCUGUUGUCUCUGUUUGUUAUUUACGUCUAUGUUUGCGAAUGCUCUUUACUACGGAAAGGAGAGUGGCGGCGGCGGUGGUCUCUCAUUCGGACCUUUCUCUGUCUCCAUUGAAACGAUCUCCAUGGGUUUUGUUAGCAAUUUGAUUGUGCUUCCGGUGAACUUGUUAAUUGUCACUCUAUUCCGGAAGUCAAAACCUCGAAAAGAGAAGCCAUCACGAAUCGAACAAGCGUUGAAAGAAAGUGCCGAGGCCGGAGGAGCGGCUUCCGUUAAUGACGUCAAGCCAAUGGUUAUUGGUGGAUGGGAUGAAAUGACAAAGAGCAGUACCAAUCUUCUUAAUGCUGAGAAUGGUGCUGACCAAAGCCGACCCGGUACGUGCAUGUCGAGACCCCGCACGCCUGUGGUGCGCAAAGGAGGAGCUGACGACGACAAGAAAAAGAAGAAGAAGUUCAUGUUUCCUUGGUGGUGUGUCAUUAUCUCGUGGAUAAUCCUCUGGCUGACCGUCGCUGGCUGCUGCGCCGGUGUCACUUUCUAUGGAAUUACUUUCGGAAACGAGAAAUGCACCAAGUGGAUUUCGUCCAUGUUGAUUUCCUUCUUCUCGUCUGUGUUCAUCACAGAACCAAUAAAGGUGUUCGGAAUGGCUAUUCUGUUGUCCUUGAUCUUAAAGAACCCGGCAGAAGAGGAUGAAGGAGAAGAAGAAGAUGAAACUGUUGAAAUGGGAGACGAUGAAGAAUUUUUGCAUACGAACGACGGUUUUGGAGCCGCCAGGCCUCGCAAAAGCGCUUACAAACCUCCAGAUCCAGAAAGACUGGAGAGGAUGCGAGCCCAGCGUCUUAAAGAAAUUAAGAUGUGGGAAGUUAUCAAGGAGGUCAUUGUAUAUGCUUUCUUCCUGUGGAUUCUAAUGGUUAUCAGCUAUAGAAACAGGAGUCCGUGGGCCUACAGAACCAAGUAUGCAUUGGAAAAACAAUUAGUGGAAACAGAUAAUGAUUUUAGCUCAAUUGCAAACACGAGAGGAUUUUGGGAAUGGGCCAAGAAUGACCUAGUUUCUACUCUAAGAGCGGGCAAAUACUACAAUGGUGACCCACCUCUCAUGCUCCGUGGUUUCAUGGAAGACAAAGUAUCUCGUAUGAUGGGAUAUGCAGUCAUGCGACAAUUGAGAGCCACACCAGAAAAAUGCAAGAUGGCCAAGAUAUUGAAGCCUUUGGGUCUGGAAUGCCACAAGAAGUAUUCGAUACUGAACCAAGACGAAGGAGUCUACGGUCAAAAAUGGAAAGAACUUUACAUUAACGAUACAUUCAGCAAUAUGGCGGACGAAUAUAAAUACAUGGACUCGAAAGAGCUUGAUGGCUAUCCUUACUACGGGAAAAUGGCCGUUUAUGGCGGAGGUGGUUACGUCGUCAAACUAAAAGGAAGUCAGAAGAAACUUCACGAAACGAUGGCACGUUUACAGAACGAAAAUUGGAUCGACAAAAUGACCCGAGCCGUUUUCAUCGAAUUCACAAUCUACAACCCACAAGUGAACCUGUUCACUGUGUGUACCAUGCUAGCAGAGUUCACGGGGGCCGGGAGUAUCAUAACGUCCUACAGAUUCGAACCCCUGCAAACUCUUACCGUAUAUGACCCAGGCAGCACUGUUUCAAAUUCUCUGCGAAAUCGUCUUUGUUGCCUUCCUCAUUUAUUUUAUAGUUAA